CAUAUUCUCCAUUCUCACUUAUCUCUCUCAACAAUCUCAUCAAUAAUGGAAGAGCUCCGGGAAGCGGCGGUUGCUUAUUACAACAACGGCACCGAGGAACAAAAGAAUUUGGCACGUCAGUUUUUCCGGGCAAUGGACGUUGACGGUAACGGCCGUGUCAGCCUUCGUGAGUAUACCGACUUCUUGGGUAAAACCGCCGGUUUAGCUAGCUUCCAUCCCGAGAUGUUUCCGACGCUUGACCAAAAUGGGGACGGUCAGCUCGACUUCACGGAGGUCUUGACGCUUUACUAUGUGGCUCGGACGCAUACCGUUUGUUGCGACGUGUGCCUCCAUGCUCUGAGUGGUUUAUACUUCACGUGUGUAACGUGCUUUGAAUCGAAAUGUGGCGACGACACGUUUGAUCUCUGCGUCAAGUGUUAUAAGCGGCAGGCCUAUAGCCAUCCGCAUCGUCUCUUCCUGGAUAGUAAUGUUUUAUUACGAGCUAAGCGUAGUAACGAUCCUCUGCAGCCGCCACCGCAGUCGCCACAGCAGCCGCCACCGCAGUCGCCACAGCAGCAGCAUGAUGAUGAACAGCCCGAAGAAGAAUCUGAAGUGGGAUGGUCCGAUGCGCUGGAAGCAAUGGAUGUCGCACUUACUGUCGGAGGUGCCGCCGUUGUGUUAUGCACUAUUAUGUAACAACUCAUUUUCUAUAUCAUUGUUGCAUUUUUUCUCAGAUAUUUGGAUACAUAGUAUAAGUUUCAAUUGCAGACUAAAAGAUCAAAUGCGUUAAAAACAAUGUAAUACAUUAAGUUUUGGGUUUUGGAGUGGAUGGCUCCACUGGAAAUUAUGUGUCAUAUUUCUAA